AUGAAUUUAUUAAACAGGAUUAUUAGAAUCAAUAUUCAAAGACCCAUCACUUCAAAAUUAACAUAAUUAAUAAGAAAUUAAUUAGAAAAUAUAACAUUUUAUUAACCAAAAGUACUUGCUGUUCAAAUUGAUUGUUAAGGAGGAUCUGUAGUUUAAGCCAAGUAAAUAUAAUAUUUACUUUAAAAAUUUGCUUAAAAACAAAAGUAUUUCAUUUAUUUAAAUUUAGACUCCCUAUUUUAUGCUUUGCAGGAGCUCAAGUUUAUAAUAGUGCAAAUAUCAUAUUAAGUUGUGGGGAUAAGAUCAUUUCAGCAAAUAAUUCAGAAAUUGGAGAUUAUACUUUUUCAGGAUAAAUAUGGAAUAUUUCUGAAUUAAUAAAAGAUCAAAAUCUAGAUGUUGUGAAUUUAUCACAUGGAAAAUAUAAGGAUAGAUUGAAUCCAUUAUAACCAUUUAAAGAGACAGAUAAAGAAUGGUUAAACAAUAUGAAUAAAAAUAAUGAAAUAGAACUUAAAAAACAAAUAACAUUGAAUCUUUCUAAAAAAUUCAUAAAUUUACAUGAAUAAACAGACUGUUUAAAUGAGAUUUUUUAAUCUUCCAUAUUAAAUGGCUAUUAGGCUAAAAAAUUAAAGUAAACAUCAUGAAAAUUAUGAGAAUAGUUGAUGAAAUUGGUACUAUUGAUGAGUAUUUGUAAUCAAAUUAUAAAAAUAUGAAAACCAUAGAAUUUUUUAAACCUUAAGCUUAUAACAUUUAAUAAGAGAUUAUAGAAAAGUUAAUAUCAUGA